UUCACCUUCAUUUCUCUUGUUUCUCCAUUUCAUAGACUAAAGCUACUAGCAACUGAAUUGCUCAUUUAGAUAAUUCUAGGAGUUAUCUUUUUGCGCCUUGAAUUUUUAUAUAAGCUUUUGCUGCAUCGUUUCUUUGUCUCUGAAAAGCUGUUUGGGUUCAAGGCCAAACAAGGUCUUGGUGUUUAUUCAUUGUAUAUUCAAGUGCAUGUUAUUUGAUAUAUUUAUCAUAUGUGCUGUAAACGAGCAUGUUUUUUCUGGUUAUAUUGAGAAUGCAUGUGUGUCUUUCUGGGUGCACUAAGAAUAGAUUUAACAUCGAUCACCUUCGUGCAAGAAAAACUUGACCGACAGAUAACAACGCCUUCUAAUUUCGCAAUACUUCUCCCUAUGUCCUGGACUAUUGUUAGUAUUUAGUUAUCUUUGGACACUAAAUAUAGUUGAACACUUUGUAUAGGAGAAUAACCACAAAUCAGAACCGUGCAAGGAGUAAUCUCCAAAGUUAGCAUUAUGACGUGGCACAUCUAUUCCCAUCUCUGACCUUUUCCUGUGGCUUGGUGUUAGAGCCUAGCCUCUUCUAUUUUAACUUCUGCCUCUCCCAAAUCCGGUUUCAGGCAUUCAUUUAAAGCCUUCCACUGCUUCUGGGUCCAACCUCUCUUUGGCUUUCAUCUGCUUCUAUUAGGUCGCAGAUCGAGAGCCGAAGACAGGUUAUCUUGAUAGCAUUAGAAGGCUUGAGCCAGACAACUCUUGUUAGCAACUGAGUGGCAUAUUUCGCUAGGUUUCACCACCAAGAAUAUCAAGAUGACAUUCUAUGGUACACAGGACAAGUGCAAGGCUUGUGACAAGACCGUUCAUUUCAUUGACCUCCUUACUGCGGAUGGCAUUCCCUACCACAAGUAUUGCUUCAAAUGCAGCCAUUGCAAAGGCACUCUUUCGAUGUGCAGCUACUCCUCCAUGGAUGGAGUUCUUUUCUGCAAGACUCAUUUUGAGCAGCUUUUCAAGGAAACAGGCAGCUUCAAGAAAAACUUCCCCACAUGCGCAAAGGCAAAUAAUGAGCAGUCUAAGGUCCCAAACAAGUAUGGCUCUGUGUUCUGUGGAACUCAGGACAAGUGUGCUGCCUGCAAGAAGACUGUGUACCCAUUGGAGAAGAUGACCUUGGAGGGCGAGCCCUACCACAAGACCUGCUUCAAGUGCGCUCACGGCGGCUGCAUCCUGACGACCGCAUCCUGCGCCUCCCUUAACGGGAUCCUAUACUGCCAGAACCACUUCUGGCAGCUGUUCAAGGAGACGGGCAGCUACAGCAACCUGCUCAAGCCCGCCUCGGCCAAGAACGCCGACGAGCCAGAGGCAGCCAAGGAAGAGGAGCAGGCGCCGGAAGCUGCCGAGGACCAGGAGAGCUCAUAAGAACUUAAACGUGUACAAGAACCUACAUACAUGUUCGUUCCCCACGCUGAUGUUGCUCUUGUGUAUUGCUGCUGCUGCCCAUCUUUUCUCUUAUCUCACAGAGGCACGCAGCGGCUGUUAUGCAUCUUACUGCCUUGGCUAUCGCAAUCCUGAAUUCUGUACCUCAUUGCCCGUGCCAUCGGUCCCGUGAAUGGUAGCAGAAUUUGCACGAGUUUGUUC